AUGGAUGAUGAGGAAGAUGAGGAUCUCAAUCUGAAGCCGGGUACUGUUGUUGAUUCUUCAAAAGGUGCCUAUGUCGUUGUUCAACUACUUGGUGAAGGUGGAUUCGGAGCUGUCUACAAGGUGUACGAUCAGAAAGAUCAACGUAAGGAGUACGCUAUGAAGGUCGAAAAAAAGUUGGAGUCUCGUCGUCAUUCCAAGCUGAAAAUGGAGAUAGCGAUAUUGAAACUUGUGGCUGCGGAACGACGUAAUUCCCACUUCACUUCAAUUAUUGACCGUGGGAAAAAGGAGAAGUACUUUUUUCUUGUUAUGGAGCUCGUUGGACAAAGCCUUGCUGCGCUGAAAAUGGCAAGACCAGGAAAGGUUUUCUCAAUAUCUACUGGGCUGGGAGCUGGUAUUCAAUGCUUGGAAGCAUGUGAAGAUCUGCAUAAGUACGGAUUCAUACAUCGUGACUUGAAACCGGCUAACUAUGCUAUUGGCUUGGCAGAUAAACGGAGAACGGUCUACAUUCUUGAUUUUGGGAUUGCAAGAAAAAUAUUAAAUCCAAAAGGCGAGCUGAAAGCACCACGUCAAACUGUUCGCUUUAAGGGAACUAUUCGCUUUGCUUCACUGGCAUGCCAUAGAAAUAUUGAGAUGGGUCCGAAGGACGAUUGUGAAUCAUGGUUCUACUUGUUACUUGAUCUUAUAGUGCCAAGAGGCCUUUUAUGGAAAUCUGUUCCUGACAAAAAUAUGGUUAAGAAACUUAAAGAAGAUAUGCGUACUACUAGAAGAGAAGUGGCAUUUCAAGGACUUCUUUGUAAAGAGCAGCUCAUGAGUGUCAUGGAUUACUUGGAUUCAUUACAGUAUCAGGAUCGUGUUGACUACGAAUUUAUAUACAAGUCGUUAGAACUAGGAGCAAAAACAGCGGGAGGAAACAUCGAUUUACCUUACGAUUGGGAGCUUGGGGACGAUCCAACCCAGACAGUUACUUGGUAUGUCAGAUCAUCGAAACAAUAUAAAGGAUGA